CAAGCUUCUAAAGAUUCGCUCUUGAGGUCUUGCUUUCUCUGCUUCCAUCAUGAAGAUAUUCCUUUUUGCUGCCUUACUGGCCUCAGCUGCCUAUGUGAUUUCAGCAAAGAAACUGCUGGUGGUUGGAGGCUUGAAUGGCCUGAACCCUGGUGUGGUUGGUCUAAACCCUGGUGUGGUUGGUCUAAACCCUGGUGUGGUUGGUCUAAAUGGAGGACUGUUGAAUCCAGGGCUGGUGGUUGGAGGAGUGAAUCCAGCACUGAUUGGAGCUGGCGGACCUUUCAUUGGCCAGCCAGCCCUCGCUCCAAUGAUUCCUCCGUACAUGUUCCAGCCUCAGUUCGGGUUUCCUAACCCCAUGCCUCAGCUCCCUCAGCAAUUCCCUGUCCAGCCCAACGGGGGAUUGCCCUUCAUGAAUCCUGUGAAUCGUCAGGUUUUACCUCCUCAGCAGCAGGCAGCGGGACAAAUGAAUCCAAAUGGACAGCAGCCGCAGGGUGACAUGCCCGCCGGCCCAGCACAACGAUUCAGGCGUGCUCUCUGGGCAAGAAUGCAGGACAAUUCAGUCGCUCAGGCCACCGUGAGCCCGGCAACAACUAAGCACCCUGACGAGUAAUCCGCUCUGGUUUUACUGCUUCGUCAUAUGUCUUAGAUUUGACCCAGAGGGGGAAAAAAAAUCCAUGACAUGAAUAUUAGAGAUAGAACACUAGUUAUUAUAAUAAAAAAAAAUUAUAAAG